GACAGACAAACUAAACAAACAAACGUAGGUACCUAGUUUUGUUCAUGUUUUUAUUUUAUUGCAGUAAAUAAUGAGUAUCCCAGAUAGAAUUAAACCCUUCAUAAAAAUACUAAAAGAAGCAUUGCUCUGGGGUAGCGGUGGUUUAUUUGUUAUUUAUCAAAUAAAUCAAACUCGUACUUCGAUAUGCAGAAUAGUGAAUGAUGAUGUCCUAAAUAUAGAGAAAAAAGGGACCCCUGAAUAUAUUUAUAUUGAUGAUCCUGCCUACUCUAUGGAAAUGAAAUUAGAACAAGAUCGGGAGUCGAGGCAAUCAGUGGGAUUGGCCCGAAUAUGGAAGAGUGUGAAACAUUCACUAGCUUGGAGAUUGUUGUGGCUAUGCAAGCACGGCAACUGGGAGCAGAGGAACAUUGCGCUCGAGCAGCUCGCAAACUUCAAAAACAAUAAGAUUUGGGACUGUUGGAAGUUGGCGCAAGCUUUGGACAAGAAUACAGCCGUGUUACUCGCCCGAACGCGAGGAGCGGAUCUCCGUUACUUUCUUCCCCCGCCUAUACACGUCCGGCGAGCAGCCCUGACCCCACAAUUACUUUCAUUUCAGUUUCGAGAUAUGAUAGUAGCUGCGCAGAAUGCUAAACCACAUGGUUGUAUUAAACAUUUUCUUUCAAAAUAUUUUGCAAAUAUCCAAGAACAAGCUAUGGAAGCUGACAGUAUUCCUGCCAAACCUGAUAGUAUUAGUGAAAAAGAACUAUGUAUGUUGUGUUUAGAUGCUAUACAUCAUCAUAUUUUACUAUUUCAUAAUAAAGAUUAUGAACAGGAUGUCUCAUCAAGAACAUUUGUUGAUGUACUUCUUUUGCCAAAAUUAGCUGAAUUGUUGCUAAGAAAUCGAAAUGAUAGUGAUAUAGAAAUGGCUGUAUUAAGAAUCCUUACAGUAUUAAGUAUACACAGUAACUUAUUAGAACACUUUUUUCAAAAUGGUCUCAUAGGUGAGUUAUCACGCAUGUUGAGAUCUCAUGAUGUUCGACUCUCAAGUUCUGCAGCAGUGGCCUUAGCAAACCUGUCUGGAGAGCAUACCUACAGACCAGGUUUAUUCUUGUUACAUCCUAUUUAUAGAACAACUACACCAACUUCAUGUGACACUCUCUUGGUUCAUGGUUUGAGAGGUGGAGUAUUUGUGACUUGGAGGCAAAGAGACAAGAAGUGUGCUGAGCCAGUUGGCAUCAUUGAAGUGACUGUCUCAGACAAUGAUUGUGAUCCAUGUGAAGAAAAACCCGAUACACAUAAACAUUUUUCUGAUCCAGAACUAAAUGAAGUAAUACAGGACUUAGUAAUGUUAGAUGAAGAAGCAUUGUUGGCUGAAUAUGAGGUUAUUCUCCAUGACAUACCCACUCAAACUAGACGGGAACCUGACAAUAGUUAUAAUUAUACAUCUAUGAAAAAACGAGUAGGCCUAAUAAAUGAGGAUGAGGACCACUGUAACUAUACUCAUUGUUGGCCUAGAGACUGGUUGCCAAAGGAUUGCAAUAAUUUGAGAAUUUUAGGUGUUAACUAUUGGAGUACUUUAUCAGAGUGGGUGGAACGCUGUCCAAUGCUGACUGCAGACAUUGGAGAGAGAGCUGCAGCCCUAUCUGUAGCCUUGGUUGAUGCAAAAGUUGGGUCCACACCAGUGGUGUGGUUAUCACAUUCAAUGGGUGGUCUGAUUGCUAAGCAGCUUUUAGUUGAUGCUGCUAAAAGCGAGGAAAGCCAUUUGCAAGAUAUUGCAAAAAAUACUAGAGCAGUAUUCUUUUACAGCACGCCACAUAAAGGGAGUUCCUUGGCGACCAUGCCUAGAGCAGCUGCAGCAGUUUUGUGGCCAUCCAAUGAUGUUAAGCAGUUGCAAGUAGACUCGCCCGUCCUCUUAGAGUUACAUAGUAAUUUUAUUUCCCAUGCAGAUAAGUGGAACUGGGAGACAAUCAGCUUUGGGGAAACCUUACCAACCCUGGUCACAGCAUUUAAAGUGCCCAUUCUUUUUGUAGACGCUGAUUCAGCUGAUUUAGGCAGAGGCACAUUCUAUGAACUGCCCCUAGAUCAUUUAUCAAUAUGCAAGCCUGCCACCCGUCAGUCGAUUCUAUAUACAACAGUAUUAGAUGUUAUUCAGAAAAUAACAAGUGAGAAUGUUGAAAUGGUAUAUUAUAAUCCUGUUAUACAGUUUUUGCUAGAUUUCUUUUGGUCGAUAAUCAGUAAUAAAACUAGAGAAGUAUUUGAAAGCCUUGAUGAUUCACAAAGUACAGAGCGACUGAGAUGGUUUGAAAAGAUUUUACUGGAAGCUUUCACAGAGGGGUUUACAGAUUAGUAUAAAGGAAUUUUGUGUCCUAAUGUGUAUAAUUGGGUGGGUAAUUAUGUAAUCAAAUGGAAAUAAGUAUCUCAGUAUUUUUAUGUGAAAGUAUCAUACUAUUUUUUCUUAUUUUUAUUGGUGACAGUAAUAAAAGUUAAUUCUUUUUUGACAUUAAAA